AUGGGCGCUGCUCAGAGCACCGCUGCCCACAGCUGCUUACUUGCAGCAGUCGGUAACAGCUCUAGCUCUGUUGCAUUCAAUGGCGACCUUCUUUUUAGCUCCCACGUCUCGCGCUAUAAUCUGAAUAUUCCGGUGGCCCCAAUUGCUGUAACUUACCCCGAGUCCGCCCAGCAAGUCGCCAAGAUUGUCAAAUGUGCCGCGGACUAUAACCUCAAGGUUCAGGCCUACAGUGGUGGUCACAGCUAUGGAAACUACGGCCUUGGAGGGACAGACGGUGCCGUCGUUGUGAAUAUGAAGCACUUUCGCCAGUUUUCGAUGGAUGCAGAGGACAUUGCGACUGCAGGACCUGGCCUGAACCUGGGAGAACUGCAUGAUAAACUCGCCGCGGAGGGUCGAGCUAUCGCGCAUGGUACUUGCCGUCAGGUGGGCGUUGGUGGACAUCUCACCAUUGGUGGUCUUGGAACUAUGUCCCGCGAAUGGGGUAUGGCCCUUGACCAUGUAAUCGAGGCCCAGGUUGUAUUGGCAAACUCAAGCAUCGUGCGAGCCUCCGAAACGGAGAACCCUGACGUGUUCUGGGCAAUCAAAGGUGCUGCGGCCAGCUUUGGCAUCGUGACCGAGUUCAAGCUUCUGACCCAUGCGACAUUGAAAAACGCAAUCCAAUAUACUUAUCAAUUGAACUUUGGGAGCACAGCUGACCGGGCGCAAUUAUUCAAGGACUGGCAGAAACUGGUCUAUACGCCCAACAUCACCCGGAAGUUCUCUUCAGAGCUUGUGCUCUUCGAAAAGAGCGCCCUGCUUUCUGGAUUCUAUUUUGGAACGCGUGAGGAAUUCGCUGAAUUUGGUCUUGAGGACAAGUUUCCGAUUCGAAACAGCGGUACUGUCCUCCAAUUGAGCGACUGGGCGGGUAUGGUGACCAGUGAAGCCGAGAAUCUCAUCGUCUCUGCGAUAGGCGGCACCCCGGCUUCAUUUUAUGCCAAGUCGAUGGUAUUCAAAGAUAACCAAAGUAUACCAGACCAAGAUGUCGAUGAGAUGUUCCGGUACCUAGAUACGGUGAACAAGGGCACGCCUGCUUGGUUCGUGAUCUUCGAUUUGGAAGGUGGAGCGGUCAACGACUAUUCGACGACAGCCACUGCCUACCCGCAUCGCGAUGUCAUCGUUUUGAUGGAAUCUUACGCCAUCAGCCUUUUCGGUCCGGUGCCUCCGGCCACGAAGCAAUUUCUCAACGGCCUUCACAGCGUGAUUACGGCCAACCGAACUGACAUCGCUGAGCUCGGUGCCUAUCCAGGCUUUGUCGAUCCAUAUCUGGAGAACGCACAGGCGGAAUACUGGGGUGUGAAUCUGCCACGCCUGCAAGACAUCAAAACGAGUAUUGAUCCACAAGAUGUAUUUCAUAACCCGCAAAGCGUCCGCGUGAACGCUGCCCCUCAUUGA